CUAAUAUUUUUAUUUCAAACGGCAAAGAUCACUUAACUAAGUAUACUUCUUGACAGAAUUUGUUCGGAAUUAUACUUUUUGAACUACUCAUGUUAGAAUCUUUACCUUGAAUGACUGGUCCGCUACUAAAAGACAUAUAUAUAUAUAUAUUGUAACAUUGGUGAGAGCAGUGGUAACAGUACUCACUGCCGCUUUGGAGAGGCAUUGUUAAAAAUACUCGUUAGAAUUGGUGAAAGCAUCAAAGUAAUUUGAUGGGCAAAUUGACAUCAUCUUUGUUUUGAAGUCAACUUGGAGAAUUCUGAUAAAAUAUUGACUUAAAAAAAGUUUAUGAUAUUUAUGAAUUGUUAAUAAUUUUAGUUUUUUUUUACUUCAUUUAGUAUUUGUACUUGUUUUUAGUACAAUAGUCUGCCGUCAGCCGUGACCCUCUAUCAGGGGUGCGAAAACUUUAACUAAGGGGCUUCGACUAAAGUGAGAAUACAUGAUGGGGCCACCGACAAUUCUUCCAUAACCAUAGGAUUGCACCAAGACUCAACCCUAAACCCUUAUCUAAUUUUACCUUAAUUUUGGAUUUACUAAUGGAACACAUUAAAGAUCUUGCACCGAGAUGUAUGUUUAUAUUUUUCUCUUCAGAUAAUGUAGUCCUACUUGAAAAGUCGAUGGAGGAAUUGAAUGGAAGGUUGGAAACUUAGAGACAAGCUUUAGGAGUGUAUGGCUCUGCCUAAGUUGAAGCAAGACAUGAUAUAUGAAAUGGAAUUUCAGCAAAAGGGAAAUGACAUUCUUUCUUUGGAAUGGCUGUCCGAUAUUGUGGAUGAUUCUCGUGAUGAGAAUAUUACAAUGAAAAAAGUGGAGCAACAUCCAUCAUCAUCAGUCAACAAGGAGGAUUUUGUGCUCCCUAAAAGCAAUAGUUCACCCACUUGUGAAAAGACCACAGUGAGACGUACACGCUCCAAGCGUCCACGUCUUGCAACCUUCAGCUCCCAUCAUUCAACCAUGCAACUCAUUUCUUCCACUUCCUCUUUUGUAGGGGAGAAUAUGCAGGAUAGUGUUAUUUCCAACAAGGGAGCGUCUACAGAAAAAUUUCCUGACUCUCAAAUUGCAGCAAAGAAACAAAAGCUUUCUUCUGGAGAGUCCAAGAAGAACAAGAAAACAAAGGCGCCACUUCUUGCUGCUCUAGACCAUAAUGCUUUGGGACUUGUCCGGCAAUGCACGCAUUGUGAGGCGACGAAGACUCCACAAUGGAGGACAGGGCCAGAGGGGCCGAAAACACUCUGCAAUGCUUGCGGUGUUCGGUACAAGUCAGGCCGACUCUGCCCUGAAUACCGGCCUGCGGCUAGCUCAACUUUUUCUCCGGAUCUUCACUCUAACUCACAUAAGAAGAUCCUUGAAAUGAGAGUGAUGAGACGCAAGGAUAAUAAGAAUUCUGGUAUUCUUGCCUUGGAAUACAUGUGAAGGGAGAAUGAUCCAAGUUAUGGAUAUUUCUCUCUCGUCUCUUUAUCUAGUGUCGCGUCUUAGGUUUUUUUUUAAAGAAUUUUACUUCUUUUGGUAAACAAGUUUGGGUUUUAUGUGUAGUAAUUUUAGUUCAGUUAGGUAAUCAGGAGUUUGUGUCACGUAUGUCUUAGGUAUUCUUGCAUGCAAGUAUUAAUUUCUUUUCGUAUUGCUUAUAUUCUCUGUGGUGCAAGAAAUGUACCAUAAAAUCAUUAAUAACCAAACCAUUUCUAC